AAGAUGUCUUAUGACAUGGACGAGUUGGAUAUAAAUCCGUUUUUUAGAGCCUUACAGACAACAUUUAGUGAUUUAUAUGAAAAAGCUCAGGAAAAAUGUUAUUUGGUUUGUGUUCCUCAAAAAUCUAAUUUAGUUGGUGCUUCUAUUAACCAAAAAUUAUUAGAAAGUCAUAUUUUACGUCCCUCUCCUUAUUUCAAAGGACAGUAUAUAAGUCAAUACAAUCCGGAUAAUCAAACAGUUUCUAUAGAAGAUAAUGGACAGAUUAUUCAUCUAUUACAAGGGUAUAAAGACAAGAAAACAAUAAGGAUAUUGAGUGAAGAAUUAGCUUAUAAUAAGAACUAUCAACCAUAUAAAAUACUUAUAGUUGAAGAACCAUUUGAGAUAAGAUCAACGGGAGCAGCCUUGUCUUCCACCAAAGAAAGUCCAAUCAACGAUCUUUUAAUCCCCAAAUCUACCUUCACAGAAUCAAAGUGCUUCCUUCAGUCCAUUACAGAAUUUUCAAAAGUCUUGCAAGAAAUAGAUAAAGCUAUCAGUGAUUUUAAUCAACAUUAUAUGGUAUUAAAAGACUAUCUAGAAGAUGUUGCUGAUAGAAUUCAAUUUAUAGUGGCUAAUUUGUCAGAGAAAUGUAUAAGUUGUUCAAAGAAGAAGAUUCACUCUGACCCUAGAUUUAAAGAUGUAUUGUAUGGAGCUGUAGAAAGUUAUUUUUUAGGAAUGGUGUAUAAUAAAGUAUUUAGUGCAAUUUGUGAGAAGUUUUCACAAGAAGAUAGAGAUCUGUAUAACAAAUGUUUUCAUUUAGAUAAUAUAACUCCAGCUCAACUUGAUAUACCCAAACAAUUCUCUUGUCCUCUUCCUACAGCGAUAUUUGAGUUAUCCAGAUUGAAAGAUUUUCAUACACCGAAAGAAAAAUUAAAUACAUUGAAAGCAGUUAUUGAUAGCAUUACCAUGGAAAUAGAAGCUCAUGUUAAUUCAACGAAACAAAAAAUUGAUGUCUUUCCCUUAACCAGUAAAUCAGAUACACCAUGCCUUACUUCAGAUGAUCUUAUUCCAUUAUUGGUGACAGUAAUAGCUGGAGCUAAAUGUACAACUCUAGAAAGUGAUUUAUAUUAUAUGGAAUAUUUUCUCUGGAAUUCAACAUUUAAAGACAUGGAUGAUGUCAGUUACUGUUUGGUUACAUUCAAAGCAGCAGUACAAUAUAUGCAGGAAACAGACUUUAAUACUCUUGUACAAAAAUCUCAUAAACCAGUUAGAGAGCCUGGCGUAAGUGAACUGUUAUCUGGAAUGAAAAUAAGUCCAUUUGAUUCACCAGGUGAUAGACUAUCUACACAAUCAAGUCGUGAAAAUAAGAUUGAUUCCUACAGUGAUUUCCUAUCUACACAAAACAUUCGUAAAGAUAAGAAACCUGUAAAAUUAUCUACUUUAUUGUCACAAGAUGGUAAAAGUCAUAAAGAACCUCAACAACAAGGGGAAAGAAAGAUUAAAUCUAUUUUCAACGAAUCUGUAAAGAGAUAUUCACCUAAUAUGAUGUUAGAAAAUAAAUCAGAUGAUAAUCCACUGGGUGAUUUCCUAUCAGGUUUACAAAAUGAUCCAUUUGAACAGUCUUUUGGUAAACAAUUCUGA